GUUAUCGUGUUCACCGAGUCCCAUGCGGUCACCAUGUCCCUCAAGUCGCCAUUCCUCGACUUCGCCUCCUCCUUUACUCCUUCCUUUCUCCCCAGAGCACCCCCGUUCCUUAUUCCUCUCCACGGAUUGAGACAAUCUUCUUUGUGUUCUUCUUCUUCAGUUAAGGCAUCAUCGGCGAACUCAGAGACACAGCGGCGCAGAGCAUCUGUUUCUGAUGGGGAGCCGACAGGCACGGGCGCCGCGGCCCCUACAAGGGGAGAGGUCUUCCUCCACCGCCUUCUCUCCCAAAAGCCGAUCUCUGGGCAGCCCAAAAAGAAAGAGAAGAAGAAUAAGGGCGCUGAGCCAAAGCGGGUGGUGGACUCCGGCAUUGCUUCGUGCUACGGUUGCGGGGCGCCUCUGCAAACCCAGGAAGUUGAUGCCCCGGGGUACGUCGACCCGCAGACCUACGAAGUGAAGAAGAGACAUCGUCAGCUCAGGACUGUUCUUUGUGGGAGGUGUAUACUUCUAUCACACGGUCACAUGGUUACUGCUGUGGGUGGGAAUGGUGGUUAUGCUGGUGGUAAGCAGUUUAUAACGGCUGAAGAGCUGCGUGAGAAGUUAUGCCACCUUAGAACCGAGAAAGUUCUCAUCGUUAAGUUGGUGGACAUUGUUGAUUUCAAUGGAAGCUUUUUGGCCCGGAUACGUGAUAUAGCUGGUGCAAAUCCUAUCAUUUUGGUUAUCACUAAGGUCGAUCUCCUCCCUAAAGGGACUGAUUUGAACUGUGUGGGUGACUGGAUAGUGGAGGCCACAAUGAAGAAAAAGCUUAAUGUCCUGAGCAUCCAUUUGACCAGCUCAAAGUCUCUGUUAGGUAUUGAAGGUGUUGCUGUUGAGAUUCAAAAGGAGAAAAAGGGCCGAGAUGUAUACAUUCUGGGUUCAGCAAAUGUUGGGAAAUCUGCUUUUGUUAAUGCUUUGCUACAGAUGAUGGCAAGAAAAGAUCCAGUUGCUGCAGCAGCUCGGAAAUACAAGCCCAUGCAGUCUGCUGUUCCUGGAACUACCCUUGGUCCAAUUGAGAUUGAUGCUUUUCAUGGUGGUGGGAAACUCUAUGACACUCCUGGAGUGCACCUGCACCACAGGCAAGCUGCUGUGGUCCAUUCUGAAGAUCUGCCUUCCCUGGCACCUCAGAGCCAUCUAAGAGGCCAAUGUUUUCCUGCAUCGUUUGGUAAGGAAGCACAUUCUGAUGGAGGAGCUACAACCUUGAAUGGGUCAUCUAUCUUUUGGGGAGGACUUGUUAGGAUUGACAUAUUAAAAGUCUUUCCUCAUACAAGGCUGACACUCUAUGGCCCCAAAGCUCUGCAUUCACACAUGGUGCCUACAGUUGAUGCAGAUGACUUUUACAAGAGAGAACUAGGGGUAUUGCUUACACCACCAAAUGGGAAAGAGAGAGCAGAUAGCUGGCCUGGUCUUCAAUCUGUUCGCCGGUUACAAAUAAAAUUUGAAGACUGGAAGAGGCCUGCUUGUGACAUUGCUGUCUCGGGUUUGGGAUGGAUAGUUCUUGAGCCUAUGGGAAUAUCAACUGAAUUUUCCGAUUUGAUUGUUGAAGAUACUCCAAGAGAACUACACUUAACCAUACACGUUCCAAAACCUGUUGAAGUUUUCAUCCGCCCUCCCAUGCCUGUCGGCAAAGCGGGUGCAGAGUGGUACAUGUUCCAGGAUCUGACAGAGAAACAGAUAGAAAUGAGGCCAAAGUUGUGUACAUAAUUUGAGGUAUAGUUUUGCUCUUGUCCUCUCCCUCAUUUUUGUAUAGUAUUAUGGCUGGAAGGAUCUUCCAAUCCAGGCUUUUCACAGAUAAUGCACACGCCUUCAUCUUCUUGAAGAUCCAUUCAUAAAUUUAACAAGUUCCAGCUUCCAUUUGCCAUGCACAUAGCUGGGGCAUGCUUGGUAAAUUUCAGUGUCUUGUAACAUCAUUCUCCAGUGUAAAUUGCGAGAUGCCCUGUGACCAAUAUCGAGCCAAUGUCGGUAUCAGCCCAAAAAUCAGGUUGUCCUGUGCAGAAUUUACAGAACUAAAGUUUGUAUCUGUACAUCUAAGAAACCAUUGUUUGGUCUGUCUUUCUAUCGUGCCAUCGAGAAAUUUUAUGUCUAAAACAGUUAUUCUGGUGCUUUUCAAUCUAAGAGAUUUUAUUCGUUUC